AUGGCAGACUCCAAACAUUCUAGUGAUUCUAGCCAACUGCCGCCAGCGUACUCCUCGACAGCCACCAGUACACCGGUGUCUACCUCGCCUCGUUCGCUCACGCUGACGCUGAGCCAAGACCUCCACCAACCCCCGUUAUUUACGUCCCUCGACUUCUCGCGAUACCAGUUCCCAGGCGCUAUGCUAACAGAUGACCACGUAACGACCGUGACUCGCCAUGAAGACUUCAGCCGCGAUUCAGGCGCCCUUCUGCGGCUUAUGCAGGAGCAGGCCCAACUGCCUCCAAAGCUGCUCGUGCGCAUUCGUGGUACACACUCUGAAUACGGAGAGACAAAAGAUGAUUUUGAUCUCACGCUAAACCUACUGCCGCUGCUGGUGUCGAAUCUUGAGCGCUGGUCCUACUCAAAUUGGAUCCGAGCCGCGUCACCAUACGCAACCAGCCUGUGUCACCCGGGCAAGCUUACGAUGUUGCCUCUGUAG